ACUCAAGUACCGGAAAUAUACGGGGUGACAUUUGGAAAAAGACAACAUUGGCGACAUGUGAAUGCAUGCUUACAGAACUAACUAGUUAAAUUGUGAACGUUUCUUUUUCUAUUUUUUAUACAUAUUUAUAUUACAAAGAACAUAACCACAUGGCGGUGUGGGGUUGCCGCUUUCUUCAGAGGGGUACUCGUCUGAUUGCUCUCCGAGCAGCAACUGAAAGCUCCAUUCAAUCGGUAACUUGUGUCAGAACUUUGAGGUCGGCAACAUGGAGUGACGAGCACCUCACAGAAGAGAACCAACAGUACUUAAGGAGGGAAGCAGCCAAGGAAUUCAGACAACAGACUGCAGACAAGCUCAACCCACUAAAAGAUGAGCCUUGGCAGCGACAUGAAUGGACAGAAGGGAGUCGAAGAGUUGGGCUGGUAGCUGUGAAAUUGGGGAUGGCUCCUCUGUGGACAAAAACUGGAGAAAGGCAUGUCGUCACGAUGCUGCAGGUUCAGGAUUGCCAUGUGAUACAGCACAUACCUAAAGAAGAAUAUGACGGAAACACCGCUGCUCUGAUUGUAGGAGGCAAAAAUGUAUCGCCAUUCCAAAGAUCUGAAAAGCGAGUGGAGAUGUUCAUGAAUGCGGGAGUGCCUCCAAAGCAGAAAAUCACCACCUUUAAAGUCUCAGACAACGCUAUCAUUAAACCUGGCACUCCUCUGUACGCUGCACAUUUCCGUCCAGGCCAAUACGUGGAUGUCACAGCCAAAUCUAUUGGUAAAGGCUUUCAGGGAGUGAUGAAGCGUUGGGGAUUCAAAGGUCAGCCAGCAAGCCACGGACAAACAAAAACACAUCGCAGACCUGGAGCUUCCGGACCCGGAGGAGAUCCAGCCAAGGUUUUUAAGGGGAAAAAGAUGCCAGGGAGAAUGGGCAACAUUUACAUCACAGCUUCUGGACUGAAGAUAUGGAGAGUCAAUACCAAGCACAAUGUGCUGUAUGUUAACGGCUCCGUCCCUGGCCACAGGAACUGCUUACUGAAGGUGAGGGAUUCAAAUCUGCCCACCAGGUUGUCCACUUUGCGCAGCCCUCCUUUCCCUACCUUCUUCAUGGAGGAGGAAGGCGACCUUCCCGAAGACCUCUACGACGAGGACAUGUUCAUUCACACCGAGGAAUCAUUAUCGCUCACCUGACUACACACGCACGCCCCUUAAUGAAAUUGUAAGCCUCCAAUAAAGUGUAACUCGGUUAAA